AUGCUUCAGGGUUUCGAAUGGCACGUGCCAGCUGACCAAAACCAUUGGAAGCGCCUUCAAAUGGCCCUCCCAGACCUGAAAGACAUUGGAGUCGAUAAUAUCUGGAUACCUCCGGGUUGCAAAGGCAUGGAAUCGAACGGAACGGGAUACGACGUUUAUGACCUCUAUGACGUGGGCGAGUUCUACCAGAAAGGCACCCGAGCGACACGAUGGGGCUCUAAAGAGAACUUGCAUGAACUUGUGCAAUCUGCACAAGAUCUCGACAUUGGAAUCAUCUGGGAUACCGUCUUGAACCAUAAAUCCGGGGCCGAUUUCACUGAGAAAUUCCCGGCCGUGAAAGUAGACCCUAAAAACAGGAAUACUGUGAUUUCGAAACCGGAAGAAAUCACGGCUUGGGUGGGAUUUGACUUUCCAGGUCGCCAGGGGAAGUACAGUUCUAUGAAGUAUCAUUAUCAACAUUUUAAUAGCGUGGACUGGGAUGAAUCUCGAAAGCACAAUGCCAUAUACAAGGUUGCCAGCCCUCAGAAAAAGUGGUCCCAGGAUGUCAGCAGUGAACACGGCAACUAUGAUUAUCUGAUGUUUGCCAAUCUGGACCAAAGCCACCCCGAGGUGCGUGCUGACCUCUUUAAUUGGGCGGAAUGGAUUGGAACCGAGUUCGCCCUCAGCGGUAUGCGAAUAGACGCAGCCAAGCAUUACUCUGCUGUAUUCCAGAGGGAUUUUGUGGAUCAUAUUCGAAAAACGGUAGGAGGAAACUAUCUCUUGGUGGGCGAGUACUGGCGAGGAGAGGUGGAGUAUCUUCUGAAUUACCUCAAAAUAAUGGAAGGUCGUGUUUCGCUAUUUGACGUUCCACUGCUGGGGCGGAUCUCAGAAACUUCUCAAACAGAAGGUGGUGAUUUGCGGAAGAUAUUCAAAGGCACAUUGGUGGAACACAGCCCUGGCCACGCCGUGGUAAGAAUAUGCAAUCGGGUACGGCCAUUUACUUUUGCUGAUCUCGGGCGUCACCGUCAGACAUUUGUGGGAAACCAUGAUACUACAACAGUCGUGCCAUUUUUCAAAGAGAUUGCCUAUGCAAUAAUUCUUUUGAGAAAUCAAGGCCACCCGUGCGUUUUUUAUGGUGAUCUAUACGGGCUUCAAGGCGGACCAAAUCCGUUGAACUGUCCAUCUUACAAGGGAAAGCUCCCAAUAUUGAUGCGCGCGAGAAAGUUAUAUGCUUAUGGCGAGCAGCGCGAUUACUUCGACAAAAGAAAUUGUAUAGGGUUCGUGCGAUAUGGAAAUGUGAUGUACCCUUAUGGUCUUGCUUGCAUCAUCAGCAACACUGUUACCACCUACAAGAAGAUGUAUGUGGGGAGACGGCACUCAGGAGAGGAAUGGACAGACAUACUGGAAUGGUGUGUCGAAACAGUCAUUAUCGAUAAUCGCGGUUAUGGGGUAUUCCCUGUGGCUGCGAAGAGUGUGAGCGUGUGGGUACAUGAAAGAGCAUGUGGAAGAAAGAGCCUCACUCAACCCUUGUGA